ACAUUGAAUCAGCAUUAGUUGAGGUAAUCAAAGUAGCAUAUAGCCAAGACACGAAAAAAUAUGAUAAAAUGGGAUUGACAUAUAUAGGUUAUUUAAAAACAAUGCGAUGUAAAAGGGACGCAGAUGAUCAUUGCAGAUAUGUAGCAAAGCAACGAGUUCCAAAUGAGGAAGCCUAUAAUGAAAGAAUGGCGGAUUUCAAAGACUGGUAUAAUGAAGAAGUGUAUCAGAGUGUUGAAAAGUUAUACAAAUUAUAUCUCUUAUUUGCGAGCCAGGAAGAGGUUGUACAAAAAAGAUCUAUAGAAGAAGUAGCAAUAUCUACACAAUUAAGUGCAAAUUUAUAA